AUGCUCGCGCGCACACGAUCGACAUUGAUCAGUACACGGCAGUUCUCGCCACGCCAUAAGCCAUUGACUAUAUGGCGCACACGCCUUCCGCAGCUCCCUACGGCUACAUCAUCAGUACAGAGACGCAUAUUCCUGGAUGAAGCUAUACCGACGGUCCUCGUGCCGCCGGCCGUCUUUACUGGCCUCCUUCUUGGAUUAUGGGCGUACAAAUGCUUCAUGACCGUGGUCUUCCAGGACCGCAUAAUCUACAUGCCUUACAUGCCGCCUUUCGCAAGGUCGGAGAAGAUAGCAGACUAUGCCGCAGUCUGCAGACCGGUAUCGUGGCGAGAAGAGCGCAUGCGAAGCCUUGACGGUACGCGUAUCAGCUUGUGCGUUGGCCAGAUCUCGCAUGAAGGAAGUAAAAUCAAAGAUAGCAGUCAGAAGGUGGUCAUUUGUUACUUCCAAGGCAACGGCGGCUCGACGCCAGCGCGAUUGCCGCUUUUGUCCCAGGUCCUCAAGCUUGUUCAUGUUCAAAAGCAAGAGAUCCAGUGCACUCUUGUGGCUUUGUCAUAUCGUGGCUACUGGAAAUCCUCCGGACGAGCAACGCAGAAGGGAAUGGAGCUGGAUGCUCAAGCCAUGCUGCAGUGGGUUGCCACACAGUUCCCGAAUGCACCGCUUGUACUUUGGGGCCAAAGCAUAGGCGCCGGGGUGGCUAGCACAGCUGCUGCAACGCUUAUGAAACCCUCUACGAAGUCUAAUCUGGCUGGUCUCAUUAUGGAGACUCCAUUCACGAGUGUCGCGAGUAUGUUGCUGGCCUUGUAUCCAGAGAAGUGGCUACCAUACAGAUACCUCACUCCCUUUCUGUGGAAUCACUGGGAUAGCGAGAUCGCUCUCCGGACGCUGUCUGCUCACUCUAAAACGGCACCCUGUCCGAUCUUACUUAUGCCUGCCACGAGAGACGAAGUCGUACCAGCCGAGGAGAUCGGGAAGUUUGAGGGCCUCUGCAAGGACUUGAAGCUACAAUACGAGCGAAAAGACGUCAUCGGUGCUCUACACACUGAAGCUACUACCAGACGUGAAGGGCAGUACGCAGUAGCGGAAUUCGUGCUUCGACAGCUCCGCCGCGACCGUACUGUCAAUGAUUAG